AUAGCCAGCAGAUGGCAAUUGUUGUUCUUACCAGCUGUGUUAUGUUUGGACGCUUUUCCGAGGCGUACUUCACCCCACUCCCGCACGCGCCACCAAAUCAAUCCAAAGCACGAUCUAAGUUGGCUACGUGGAAGAGAUUGCACCUGCAAUAUGGUGCUUGGAUGCCUACCCUGUUGCGGUCGUAAUGGCUAUCAGCAAAUCGGUAAUACGGGUCCUCGGUUCGGAGUGCGUCAUCUGCAAUGCAUCCUGGUGUUCUUCGGACUGGCCGUGGCCUAUUCCCUGAGGGUGAAUCUCUCCGUGGCCAUUGUAGCCAUGACAGAUCGCAAUGCCAGCAAUCCGGAUUUUCCUGAGUUCGACUGGAACGAAAGCACAAAGUCUUACCUACUUAGUAGCUUCUUUUGGGGCUAUGUGGUCACCCAGAUUCCAGGCGGCUAUAUGUCGUCAAUUUACGGCGCGAAGUACAUGCUGUUCUACGGCGUGCUCAUCUGUUCCUUUUUGGCCUUACUAACACCGUUUUGUGCUGUAAACGGUGGCUGGGAACUUGUAGUGGUGCUUCGGGCGGUUCAAGGACUUUGCCAGGGCGUCAUCUUCCCCUCCACGCACACGUUUCUAUCAAAGUGGGCACCGGCGGAGGAGCGUGGCCGUUUGGUGGGCUACAGCUACUCGGGCUCACAGUUUGGAACCGUUGUGAUGCUUUCCGUUAGUGGAUAUAUUGCCUCGUCCUCGCUGGGCUGGCCCAGCACUUUCUACAUACCCGGAUGCGUGGGUAUUGUUUGGGCAUUCGUGUGGCUCUACUAUUGUUCCAGCACUCCAGCGCAACAUUCCACGAUAACGCCAAAUGAGCGAAGGUAUAUUGAAUCCUCUGGACAGACAAGGAGACCUUCGGAUGCUGGACGCGAGGAACAACAACUUCCGCCGACUCCCUGGCGGAGUAUCCUUACCUCGGGGCCCUUUUUGGUGCUCAUCCUUGCCCAUUGUGCUAACAACUGGGGCUUCUGGACGCUACUUACGGAGAUUCCCACCUUCAUGAAAAAUGUUCUGGGCAUGGACAUAAAGAAUAAUGGACCACUGUCAGCGCUUCCCUACUUCGCCAUGAUCCUGCUGACCUGUGUCUUCAUCUGGCUCUCAGAUGUACUGAAGCAGAGAGGAACCGUAAUCCCAUUGGGAUUUUCAAGGAAGUUCUUCAACACGCUAGGAAUGUGGCUCCCAAUGCUGUCAUUAGUUGGAUUAGGUUACAUCACCGAAGGUGAAGCCAAUGUCCGUCUGGCCAUUGGAUUGCUCACCGCAGCAGUGGCCACCAAUUCAGCUACCUAUCUGGGCUUCCAUGUUAACCACAUUGAUUUGUCUCCCAACUAUGCGGGUACACUGAUGGGCAUUACAAAUUGUGCGGCUAACUUUAUGAGCAUACUGGCUCCUCUAAUCGUGGGACUGAUAGUGUGGGAUGAGAAAAAUCCUGCUCAAUGGCGAAUAGUUUUCUUCUUCACCGCUUUUGUUUACUUUAUUGGUAAUCUUCUGUUCAUGCUUUUCGGACGCACAAGGGUUCAACCCUGGAACACUCCCCUUCCAAUGAGGUCGGCGUCUCCAGGAGGAGGAGUAGAGCCGACUGACGCUACCGAGGAUCGAGCACCUCUCAUAGACGCAUAAAAUAUAAUUUAACGCAAGACGUAAGACGCCUGAGGAUUGGUUGUAAUUGUGAAACUUUUGUACCUUGAAGGCGAAGCAUUCCAUGGAAUUGAUAAAUCGCAAUUAGUAUCGUAUUACUAGCUAUAUACGUUUACCUAUUUAUGUCUACAGAUAUAUACCGAAUAUAUAUACUAUUUAUGUAUGAAGCAUCAAAA